AUGGCGAUUGCAGUGAGAACAUCUGAUUUCAAUUGGGUCAUAAUAACUACUACCACUGGAUUCCCAACAACUACCACCACUGCUUUCCCAACAACUACCACCACUGCCUUUCCAACAACCACUACUACUGCUUUCCCAACAACUACUACCACUGGGUUCCCAACAACUACCACCACUGCUUUCCCAACAACUACCACCACUGUGUUCCCAACAACUACUACCACUGCCUUCCCAACAACUACUAGUAGUGCGUUCCCAACAACUACUACCACUGGGUUCCCAAUAACUACUACCAGUGGAAGCCAGUUUCCAACAUCAUCCCCUUCUACGCCAUCAUUUUAUGAAGUAAAUAUUCUAAUAGCGCGAAAUGUUCAGCUGCAAGCUACUUCAUCACCCAGCGACUAUUCUACAAAAAUAACUUGUGAUGAUCCCAGUGUUCUUCCUUAUGUUCAAGCAAAUGUUACUGAAGAUUCUAUAUUAAUUAUCUUAGCGACAACCGAUUGUGAUGUUACUAUUCGGGCCUAUACUUAUCAAGCGAUACAUAUCGAUAGUGUAUCAAGAUUAAUCAUGACAGAUUAUUUUUAUAAAGGAUAUCAAUUAAGAUUACUCAGCAUGGGCAAUUCACAGAUUCAAAUAUCUAAUAUUGGCUACGAUUUAGCAGAAUUUAUUUUCUUGGGUAAUAGUACAGCGAAAUUAAGUGGAAAUAUCGGCAAACUAACUGUUGUUAAUCUAGGCAAAGGAUCUGUUGAUGCAACUAGUAUAGCAACACCAAGUGUUAACGCUACUCUGACGGGUACUGGUUCACUUCAUGUGAAAUCAACAGCUAAUAUGAAUUUAAUUUUUGACGGAACGGGUAUUGUAACCUGGUGUUCACCAAGGGUUCAAAUGGAUGUGACAUUGAAUAUCUAUAAAAAGCAAAAUAUCCUCUAUCAAUGUUAA